AUGGCGCACAACACCAAUGACAACAAGACCAUCUGGGCGGUCCCGCUCCAGUUGACAAACUUCAACAUCACCGUCGCCCUGCUCGGCGGCUUCAUCUCCCUCUUCGGCCUCGUGUCCUUUCUCCUCAAGGAGAACUUUUACCUGUCCGAGGCUCUCAUCUCGCUCCUUGUUGGAGUCGGCUUCGGUCCUCAUGGCGCCGACUUCAUCCGUCCGCGUGACUACGCCGAGUGCAACCAGUCCGGCGUCUCGGCCAUUGAGUGCCGCGACAACCUCAAUGGCAUCACGCUCAACUUCUCCCGCCUCGUGCUCGGCGUCCAGCUGGUCCUCGCCGGCGUCCAGCUCCCGAGCAAGUACCUACGCCGGGAGUGGAAGCCCAUCCUGCUCCUCGUCGGGCCUGGCAUGACGGCCAUGUGGCUGGCCACCAGCCUGCUCGUCUGGGGCCUCGUCCGCCCGCCUAGCUUCCUGCACGCCCUCGCCGUCGGCGCCUGCGUCACGCCCACCGACCCCGUGCUGUCGGCCGUCAUCGUCAAGGGCAAAUUCGCCGACCAAAACAUCCCCAAGGACCUACAGAACCUCAUCAUCGCCGAGUCCGGCACCAACGAUGGCCUUGGCUACCCAUUUCUCUUCUUCGCGCUCUACCUCAUCAAGUACAUUGGCGCGGGUGCGACCGACGGUAAUGCUGGGGAGGCCAUGGGGCUCUGGUUCGCCUUUACGUGGGGUUACACCAUCAUCCUGAGCAUUCUGUACGGCGCGGUCGUCGGGUGGCUGGGCAAGGAGCUGCUGUUCUGGGCCAAGCAGCGCAACUAUGUCGACCGCGAGAGCUUUCUCGUCUUCGCCAUUGCCCUGGCCCUCUUCGUGCUCGGCACGUGCGGCCUCAUCGGCACCGACGACGUGCUCGCCUGUUUCAUUGCCGGCAACACCUUCACCUGGGACGACUGGUUCCGGCUGCAGACCAAGGACGACUCCCUGCAGCCUACCAUCGACAUGCUGCUCAACGUCACCAUCUUUUUGUGGUACGGGGCCGUCCUCCCGUGGACCCUGUUCAACGACAACCCCAUCAUCUCGACCUGGAGGCUUACUCUGCUGGGCAUUCUGGUCCUCCUGGUGCGGCGCCUGCCGUGGGUGUUUGCCAUGCACAAAUGGAUCCGCCAGAUCGAGGAGACCAGGCAAGCCGUCUUUGUGGGCUUCUUUGGCCCCAUUGGUGUCUCUGCCGUCUUCUACCUGUUCAUCAGCCUUGAGUUCAUCGAGGACCAUCUGAGUGACGAGAAUGGGGUCCCACGCAGGGAUGUCAAAGAUCUCGGCGAAACCAUACGGAUCAUCGUCUGGUUCCUGACCGUCUGCAGCGUUGUUGUCCACGGCUUAAGCAUUCCGCUUGGGAAGAUCGGAUACCUCGCACCGAGAACCUUUGGCCGUGUGCUGAGCGAGAGCUUGAGCGAUGAGCCGAGCGCUGUCGAAGCCCGGCGCCGCAUUCCCGUCGUCGGCCGGUAUCUCGCAGGAAAGUCGGGCGACGUGGAAUCGAGGAACCCGCAAACCCGCCCCGUCAUAUCGGGCCCGACGAACCCUCGCCAAGUCCACCCCGUGCCCCCGGGGACAUCAUCUUCGGGCGAAGGGCCGGCACUGUCCGUGUCCCUGGCCGAUGCGAUCCAGAUGCAGCCGGACUCUGGAGCGGCCACGCCCGUCCGGGUCCGCCGAGAUCGGGAGAUUCGGUUCCCGGACGAGGUGUAG